AUGUCCUCCACGCAAUCAACGACAACCGAAACGAUGACACCACGAGAAAAGGUUGCAGCAGAACAACGCACUCUUGGUAAUAGCAAUCAUCUUAUGGCAUCUUCCAUUCAGCAUCCGACAUCGUCUCCCCUUUCUCGAGAUCAUCGAACUAGUAGCGUGUUUUCCUCAUCUCAAGCUUUCAAUAAUCAUCAAUAUUCUUCAAGUGGAUACAUGACUUCUAUGCCUCGGUACGAGACACCCUCGAUCAUGGGACAUAACCCUUCGGGAUCCUACCCCCAUCACGGAACGGUUUCGUCGAUUAUGACAAAUAACCGUCUCCUCCCUAGAGGAUCCACAGUGACACAUCGCUCGUCGAUGGGCGGCUACACUCCAUCUGGGACUGUCCGUCAUGGCAGUCAGCAGUGGCAUGGAACUCAAUCGCAAUAUAUGGGACAACAUGCUAUCGUCAGUCAGUCCUCGAUGAUUGGGGAGGCUCACGUUAUCUCAGAGAGAAUCGUUGAGCAUGAAGUGCGCGUCCCUAAAAAAGUGGUGCGUGAAGACAUCGUCGAAAAAUUGAUUGUCGUUCCGGAGAAAGUUGUCCAUGAAGAAGUCGUUGAGGACAUUCAAAUGGUUAGAGAAAAAAUCAUCGAAGUAGCGAAGCCAAUCAUUCAAGAACGGAUCGUAGAAGUUCCUGAAAUUGAAUAUAUCGAGCGCAUCGUUGAGGUUCCUGAAGUGAUCCUUCAAGAGAAAAUCAAAGAGGUGCGUGUUGAUGAUGCGGUGGUGGUGGAAUGGUAUUUCCCAUUAGAAGAAAGCUUUCCUCAUGAUGUCGAUUUCUCCAGAUUCCACGUUUCGACAUUCAAGAGCGAAUUAUCGAGAUUCCGAAGAUUAUCACUCAGGAGAAAAUUGUCGAAGUUGCGGAAAUUGAAUACCGUGAAAUCCCAUACGAGAAGGUAA